AUGGAUGUUUGGCAAUUAGUCGUAAAGAAAGCAAAGAAAAUUGUACAUAAGAUUAAUAAAACAGUCCAUAGCUAUCCCAAGUUACCAAAAUUUUCCUUAGAAGAAGAAAAUUUACCCUUUCAGAUUGGGUCUAAAGUUUCAAAGAAAGAUUAUAACGUUUUUCUUGAUCACAACGAAUCAAGUGGAUACAAAUUUCACUGGGACAACGGAAACAUAUAUAUUGUAGAUUUGGCUAACGAAGAACAUGAAGUUAUUACAUCACUGCUUACUCAAGUUUUUGCUAUCCCCAAUGGCGGUAUAAGACGUAGUCCUCCAAUAGUGGUUGCAGGUCAAACGUUUCAUUAUAAUCCAUCUGACAUUGCAUUAAAAAUCGCACCAGACAUUGCAGUUCGCUCAAAUACUGCUCAUGUUCUAAGACCUACCAUUCCGCAUCCUGGUCCUCCCCCUAGCAAUACAAUUAAUAAUCCUCACGCAAGGAUAAUAUAUGAAAUAGCUAUAGCUCAAAGCACUUCUUAUUGGGAGGAAAAAUGUGUGAAUUGGAUGAAUGAACAAUACGUGCGGUGUGUAUUCGGUAUCAAGAUUCAUAACAUAAGGACUUUAAAUAGACGAGUUCAUCGGUCAAUGACGGCCAGGUUAUGGACUCGUAAAACACCAGCUACACCGGGGAGUACACCAGUAGCAGGACUAGCAGGAAUAUUCGUUCAAGAGUGGGAUUUCGGCACUCUACAGUUCAAUAGUAAUAACCCUACCGGUUGCACAGGUCCGAACAUUCCUGCAUAUCAAGUCAAUAUCCCAGUAUCAGAUGUUUUCUGGAACCCACCAAUCGUUGCAGGAAUUCCAAAUGUUAUUGGGUAUACUGUAGUAGUCCCUCCCGUGGUCACUGCCAAUAAUUUCAUCAUUGAUUUAUAUGAUAUUCAACAAAAUGUUUUAGAAACACAGUGA